AUGUUGCAGGUCAGCAACCACAUAAAAAAGUGUUUUCUUUUGCUAGGGCUUUUGAAUGUGAUUUACUUUACGGUAUAUCUUCUAAAAUCGCAGACUGGUAGCUGGGACGGACUAAUAAAUACUGAGCCCGAAAACUUGAAUGUUGAUCUUGAACAACAAACAGAUCCUCAACAUGAUGGCCACGACUACGAGCAAGAGAUACAGAAACUUCUAGAUGAAGUUGCAGAGAAUAAGGACAAUAAGCAUUGGCUCCAUAAUACCCAAUUAAUUCAUACAUCCAUCGACAUAAACCCGCAAGAUUUCCUCAACGAUACGACCAGUAAGUCUGCCUGGCGCAACAAAAACACCCUAUUUUUCGACCCGCGGGUGACAUUGGCAUUAUAUCUCAAUCAUAUUCGUCACCAAUUUGAGCUCCCCGAAUCGAACCAAAACCAGAUUCUGGUUCCUUUUGCAUGGUCAGAUUGGAUAGAUUUGACCGGUUUGAACGCCGACUUGGAGAAACCAUUGGACCAAAGAAACAAUUGUAAAUGGGUACGGGAGUUUUCCAUCAUCGAGAGUAGCGUACCUGAUGAGGUGUUGCAGUGCUGCGAUAACAAAGACAUUACUCCAAGAAUGCUAGAGCAGUUUGGGUUCCAGCGCCACGAGCAACUCCCUGGAUUCAUAACAUACGGACACUCCGUGAAGAGAGCUUUCCAGAAAGUGCGUUUGGCCCAGGCCAAGUCGUAUGCAUUGACCCAUAUGCCCAACCCAUAUCUGAUCUUGUUCUUGAACAAAGAUGGGGGCACAUACGAAGUACUGGUCGAUGGAAACGAGGAAACGAACGGCAGAAUUGUCAACACCGGUAUGAUGAACGAGUUCGUGCACCGAAAUCUUCCGAAAGACUCCAAGACUGUGCCCGAUAAAUGGACAUUUGAUCCAGUGACAGAAUUCAAGGCAUUGAAAAAGGCAGUAAAGCCUCAUAUCCUAGCUCCAGAAGACGAUGUGCUAGGCAUGUAUAAGACUACUCACAAGAAGGGCACCUCGAAAGCACUCCCGCUUCCUGCCGAGGCCUUUGACUAUACCGCAGCAAACCUUAGUCGUCAACGCAUUCUUUUACAGAGAUUAGCAGGCCAGAAAGACCUCACGAAACGAGAAUAG